GUCAUCACCAUGGAUACAGAGCUGUACGAUGAGUUUGGGAACUACAUCGGUCCACAGCUGGACAGUGAUGAUGAGUCGGAGGAAGAAGAGGAGGAGGCAGAACACAUCAGGAGGGCGCAGGACUACGGAGAGGAUGAAGAUGAUGCAGAUGAAGCUAUGGACCAGGAUGUGGAGCCCUCCAUGGCUGUGGUCCUACAUGAGGAUAAGAAGUACUACCCGAGUGCUGAGGAAGUGUAUGGGGCUGAUGUAGAGACCAUAGUUCAUGAAGAGGAUACUCAACCAUUGACAGAACCAAUCAUCAAGCCCGUCAAGAGAAACAAGUUUGCCCACAUUGAACAGGAGCUGCCACUGACCAGCUACAAUAUGGAAUACCUUGCUGACUUGAUGGAUAAUCCAGAGCUGAUUAGGAACGUGGUUCUAGCUGGGCAUCUUCACCAUGGGAAGACUACUUUUGUGGACUGUCUGAUGGAGCAGACUCAUCCCGACAUCUUCACUAAAGAGGACAGACAGCUGAGAUAUACAGACACACUCUUCACAGAACAGGAGAGAGGAGUGAGCAUUAAGAGCCAGCCGGUGACUCUGGUCCUGCCUGACUCCCGUGGGAAGUCUUAUCUCAUGAACGUUAUGGACUCACCAGGCCAUGUAAACUUUUCAGACGAGGCGACCGCCGGGUACCGCCUGAGUGAUGGAGUUGUGCUGUUUGUGGAUGCAGCUGAAGGGGUGAUGUUGAACACAGAGCGUCUACUGAAACAUGCAGUCCAGGAGAGGCUGGCCAUCACUGUGUGUAUCAACAAGAUUGACCGGCUCAUGCUGGAGCUGAAGCUUCCGCCAACAGACGCUUACUACAAACUCAGGCAGAUCGUGGAUGAAAUCAACGGACUACUGAGUGUAUACUCUGAGGAGAGUGAGCCUGUAGUGGUGUCUCCCCUCAUGGGGAACGUGUGUUUCGCCAGCUCACAGUACAGGUUCUGUUUCACCCUGCAGUCCUUCUCUAAAAUAUACGAGGACACUUACGGUGGUUUUAGUGCAAAAGAGCUGUCUCGUAGGUUGUGGGGUGACAUCUACUUCAACUCUAAAAGUCGGAAGUUCACCAAGAAGCCACCCAUGAGCACAUCCCAGCGCAGCUUUGUGGAGUUUAUUCUGGAGCCACUGUACAAGAUUUUUGCACAGGUUGUAGGUGAUGUUGACUCGACCCUCCCCCGUGCCCUUGAGGAGCUGGGUGUCCACCUGACUAAGGAGGAGAUGAAGAUGAAUAUCAGACCACUGCUGAAGCUCAUCUGUAGGAGAUUCUUUGGAGACUUCACAGGUUUUGUUGAUAUGUGUGCGGAACACAUCAAGUCCCCGUACGCAGCGGCGCGCACCAAAGUGGAGCACACCUACACAGGCCCACUGGAGAACGAACUGGGAGACGCCAUGUUGGAGUGCGACCCUGAGGGCCCCUUGAUGCUCCACACCACUAAGAUGUACUCCACAGAAGACGCGACCCAGUUCCUGGUGUUCGGGCGGGUCAUGAGCGGAACCAUCCACGCUAACCAGGACAUCCGUGUACUGGGGGAGAGUUACACACUGGAUGAUGAGGAGGACUCCAGACUGGUCACCUGCGGACGGCUGUGGAUAUCUGAGGCCAGGUACAAGGUAGAAGUGAAUAGAGUGCCUGCUGGGAACUGGGUCCUGAUCGAGGGAGUCGACCAGCCCAUCGUGAAGACAUCCACCAUCACCGAGGCCAGGGGCAACGACGAGGCGUACAUUUUCCGCUCCCUGAAGUUCAACACGAGUUCCGUCAUCAAGAUCGCGGUGGAGCCCGUCAACCCUUCGGAGCUGCCCAAGAUGUUGGAUGGACUCCGGAAAGUCAACAAGAGCUACCCUCUACUCACUACUAAGGUUGAGGAGUCGGGUGAACAUGUGAUCAUGGGAACAGGAGAACUGUACCUGGACUGUGUCAUGCAUGACCUACGCAAAAUGUACUCUGAAAUAGACAUUAAGGUGGCAGACCCGGUUGUGGCCUUCUGUGAGACAGUUGUGGAGACGUCGUCACUCAAGUGUUUUGCAGAGACACCAAACAAAAGGAACAAGAUCACCAUGAUUGCUGAGCCCCUGGAGAAAGGCCUGGCGGAGGACAUCGAGAACGAGGUGGUUCGGAUCACCUGGAACCGGAAGCGUCUGGGAGAGUUCUUCCAGACUAAGUAUGACUGGGAUCUUCUGGCCGCUCGAUCCAUCUGGGCCUUCGGGCCGGAUAACACCGGACCUAACAUCCUGGUGGAUGAUACACUGCCGUCAGAGGUGGACAAGGGACUACUGAACUCAGUCAAGGACAGUAUUGUACAGGGUUUCCAGUGGGGGACCAGGGAAGGCCCGCUCUGCGACGAGCCCAUCAGGAACGUCAAGUUUAAGAUCCUGGACGCCGUCAUCGCGGGGGAGCCGCUUCACCGGGGCGGCGGGCAGAUCAUCCCGACGGCGCGCCGUGUCGCGUACUCCGCGUUUCUCAUGGCGACACCACGCCUCAUGGAGCCGUACCUCUUCGUGGAGGCACAGGCACCCGCAGACUGUGUGUCAGCUGUGUACACGGUCCUGGCUCGGCGGAGAGGUCAUGUAACCCAGGAUGCACCAAUCCCAGGCUCCCCCCUCUACACCAUCAAGGCCUUCAUACCCGCCAUCGACUCCUUUGGGUUCGAAACGGACUUACGGACACACACACAGGGCCAGGCCUUCUGUCUGUCUGUGUUCCACCACUGGCAGAUUGUGCCAGGUGACCCCCUGGACAAGAGUAUUGUGAUCCGACCUCUGGAGCCCCAGCCUGCCACACAUCUGGCUCGGGAGUUCAUGAUCAAAACUCGACGAAGAAAGGGUCUGAGUGAGGAUGUCAGUAUCAACAAGUUCUUCGACGACCCUAUGUUGUUGGAGUUGGCCAGACAAGACGUCAUGCUCAACUACCCCAUGUAGAGCCUCACAUCCAAACAAAGCAUCAUGUCAAACCCCAUUUGGACCCUUACUCUUUAGAAGACACUAUACAUUGUGUGAUCUUGCAACAUUCCUAAUAAAUAAAGUCAUAGUGUGUACAAGGCUCAAAAUGUGAUAGGUCUAGGAGAAUGUUUCUUGAAAUUCCUUGUAUAUUAAGAUUUUAGCUGUAGGAGGGGAUGGGCACUAUGUAUGUACAUGUAUGUGAAUGUCUUUGAGUAAGAAUGAAAAGCACUAGAUUGAUAGGCUAGAUCAUGUGAAGGUAAACAUUAUGCAUUUGCUUUGCAAAAUGUUAUGUUCUAGUUUUGGUUAAAUUUGUAAACCUGAUUCAAAGUAACAGUUUUUUCUUCUGUCUUUUGAAAAACCUAAGAAACAAGGAAACCUUUGACAAAUAUUGUACUGGAUGUUGACUUGAUGUUAAUUUAAACACGUGGUCAAAGUGUAAGGAUAAAGUUUUUGUAUUGGUACUUAUUCAAUGAGGAAUACCUUGAUAAAGACUUGUACUUGUACAAAGCA